CUCUGUGAUUGGUGUGAGCAGGGUGUGGAAUUCGUAUCAAUCAGCCAUCGCUGAGAUUCGAACCUCGCUCAGCUCAUUCGGAAUCGAGAGCUGGAUGUUUGUUUGUUCAUAAUAUCACGAUAAACUCUAACUAUAAGGAAUUAACUAUAAAGUGUAGUCACUUUUGAAUUGAAACUUGAUAACUCUAGCUGGUCUAAACAAAGUUAAAAAUUUGUAUAUCGACGUAUGUGUAUAGCGUAUUUGUACAUAUUGUAGGUGAUAAUGAAUGCUUGUAGCUGCCAAAAAAUGAUCGAAUUCUAUGAUUUCAUGCAGCACAGACCUCUCAGUUCAUCAAUUCAAAAUUUUAGUAUUCUAGCUAACCAUAAAAUGAUCAAAAUUUUGAUUUACCUUUAUUUUUAUUUAUUUAUUUUUUCAAUUUUUUAUUUUUAUUUAUUUAUUUCUUGUAAAUAGCCAAAAUAAAAAUUACUAAAGAUAUAAAUUUAAAUAUAUUUAGUUUAAGAAAUGAAUAAUUCUUAAAAAGAGAUGAAGAUAUUUACGAAAUUAUUUUUAUUUUUUUUUACUGCUUUGAACGUAAAUUCUAUCUCCGUUUUAUACAAAUCGCAGUAAGUCGCAUACGUCACAUUAAAUCUUCUACGGGAUUGCACUCCACGAUUUAAAAUUGAAAUGAACUAACUCUUGAAAUAGCAAGAAAUAAUUAUUACAAACUUUCAAAAUUACCAAAGUCGGAUGUUAAUUUUAAAAUUCUUUAAUUUUGCCAGAUCGGAAGAGUUCUACAAAAUACACUGUAUGAAAAAGCACAAAUUAUCGACUGAGUCAUAUGUAAAGAACGAAACUAAUUAAAAAAAUGUCUGAUAUACAUCCGGGGAAUUUAUUAAUGCCCGAGAAACCAAUGUUACAGUUUAAAUUGCUUCACGCGAUCAUGGAAGUGCUCUACUGUUUCAAGCAGACUGCAGUACUUAGAAAUUUUGAUUAAAAGAUUUGACCCUCACAAACACGAAACCAAAUUUCGAAAUGCUGAAUUAAAAACAUAUCAAGCAGUUAAAUAAUUGUACUAUGAAUCAAUAAAAUUCUAUUAUUUGAUACAAAAUCAGUUCAAAUUAAAAUUAAAGAGAAAAAUUCAAUCAAACAUGUUGACAUCUAUACGCAAAAGAGAGAACAAAAUCAAAUCGAAAAAUCAGAAAAUAUUGAUAUUGUUGGUGCAUGCAACUCUUAUAACACUUAACAAUGGCUGCUCAAACGUUGAAAUUGUAUCGCUCACAGAAUGGGGUGGCAAAACACCUCUUCCGCUCACCGAUUUGAAAUUGCCACAAAAACAUAUCAUUAUAAGUCAUACAGUCACACCGCAAUGCCAUUCAAAAACUCAAUGUGCAAAUCGAAUGAGGAGUAUGCAAGAAUACCACAUGCACCAGUUAGGAUGGCCAAAUAUAGGAUAUAAUUUCGUCAUUGGAGGUGAUGGUAGAGUCUACGAAGGAACAGGCUGGACAAAAGAAGGAAUUCACACUUACGGAUGGAAUCCCAAGUCUUACGGCAUUUCAUUUAUCGGUGAUUAUAGAUUUCAAAAACCGAAUAAUGCCAUGAUUAAGGCGGCGCAUUCCCUCACCAUCUGUGGAAUAAAAAAGGGUUAUAUAUCUAAGUCUCGGGAAUUACAUGGCGCAAGAGAUGCAACAUGUACAGAAUCUCCCGGAAAUGCUUUGUACGAAAUCAUAAAGAAAUGGCCAAGAUUUAAAGGUGGACCUCUUCCAGGAUACAAAUGUUAAAUAUUUUGUGCGAUUAGGCUAACUUAAACGAAAUAAUUUUCAAUUAUAAUACAUUUUAUGCAGUUAAAUGUGAAUAAAAUUAUAUUUUUGACAAUAA